UCUCCCGUUUUCUUCUUCGGCUACGGUGUCUCCGAAGUCAAUCCCCUGCUUUUUCCAGUCGUUCGGCUUCAAAUCUCCUCUCUCUCUCUGUCAUCUUUCUCUAUCUCUCAUUCACUCUGUUGCCAAUCGUUCGACCUCUCUCUCUGAUGAUUGACAUGGUCCAUCCAGAUUCCUUUGCGAGAAGGUUUAGGAAGCCUCGAAUAGAAACUCAAGAAGAGAUCAAUCAGCGCAUGCUUUCCGUUGAAUUGGCUGUCAAAGAGGUCCUUACUGCAAGGGGCGAAACACAUUUUACUGACCAGGAGUUCCUCCAAGUGAUCAAUCAUUAUUUGUAGAUCCAGACAAUCCCCCUCAAAAGUUACAGGAAAGUUUAUGAAAAAUAUUCCUUUUUCUUUUUUGGUACUUUAAAUCUAUUUUCUUGAUCUCUAAUUUUUGUAUUUGCUUGUUAUCUAGGUUGUUUCUGAUUUGAUGAGACCUGCUGAUAUAGCAUAGGAGAGCCGACUUGAUGCUCGGCCAUUCUUAUUUAAUGGGCUUGCCAAUCCUUCUGAUGUUUGUUAGGUCCAGAUUGUUUUACAACUUGGCACUGACGUUUUUCUUUGCUUAACUUCAUCUAUAAUAGGUUUAUUUGUGUUUGAAACAAGGUCGAUUGGGUGAUUGCUGGUUUCUCAGUGCUGCUUCUGUUUUAACAGAAGUUUCACGAAUAUCAGAAGUAAGUAUUUCUCCAGAGUACAACGAUGAGGGGAUCUACACUGUUCGUUUCUGUAUUCAGGGCGAGUGGGUUCCUGUUGUUGUUGAUGAUUGGAUUCCAUGUGAAUCGCUAGGUAAGCCAGCAUUUUCCACUAGCAGGAAGGGAAAGAAACUAUGGGUUUCCUUACUGGAGAAGGCGUAUGCCAAAUUGCAUGUAUCCUAUGAAGCUCUAGAAGGUGUGCUAGUUCAGGAUGCUCUUGUAGAUCUUACUGGAGGUGCUGGUGAGAAGAUUGACACAUAUAUACAUGUAGUGAUACAUAGUAUAGAAUAGUACAGUACAUUAUAGUAUGUAUAUAGCAACACUUCAAACUACUGAUAGUCAAGUUACAUUCUUUAAAUAAUCGAUUUCAUUACCCAUUUUGCUCUGAUCACAUUUUUGUUUACUCCAACUUUCAUGGGGAAAGAACUUUGUUGUUGUGAGAAGCAGGGUUGUACAAAAUUUAAAGCAUCAUUUGGGAAUUAUUAUUAUUUGGCAUGUCAUCCUCGAGUCUGGCUACGAGUUGAUCGCUCUCUCAAAGAAUCCGAAGCUGGCGUUUUCCCCAACAUUGACUCAGCCGUUGCUGCUGCAAGGCCUGGCAAUACUAUUCUAAUCGCAGCUGGUGGAAUGCAUCUGGCCUCUAAUAUUCAAAUUAAGAAACCACUUUGCCUGAUUGGUGGAGGUGAGCUUCCUGAUGAAAUAGUGAGACUUUCAUGCUCAUGGUAUUACUGUUACAAUGGAAGGUUUUUCAAAAGAGAAGGAAGGACAAAAGAACAUGAGCUUCUGAUCUGUAGAUUGAUUGAUAGGCCUUUGCAUCCAACAAUGCUGAAAGGCUUCUACCAUGAAACUCAGAUACUUUCUUGGGUUCUGAGUUAUGAUGGUUUGCACUCUCAAGAUGCUUUGGCAAUCACAGCUGCAGGAAUAGCAGUUGCUUUAUCGGAAGUGCCAAAUGCAAAGGCAAUUACUGGAGUUCGAAUUGGCCUUGUUGGAGAUAAGUUUAUCGUCAAUCCAACAACAAAGGAGAUGGAAGACUCCAAGUUGGAAUUGUUGCUAGCAGGCACAGAUGAUGCAAUAUUAAUGAUCGAGGGUUAUUGUAAUUUUCUUCACGAGGAAAAGUUGCUGGAAGCUGUACAAGCUGGGCAGGUACCUUGUGCAAGAGAAAAAGAGAGGAAAAGCCCUUGAUUCUGUAGCAAACUUUCACUUGCAGAAUGGAGCAGUAUGUCAUUCUAUUAAAAGUUCUUGGAUUGUAAAAAAAUUUUGGCUUAAAUUUUUUAUUUGGUCAAAUGGAAGUAUUCUUAGUCAAGACAGUGGUAAAAUAUGUUGCAAUUACUAUAUUUUGUAUUAAUCUUUUAGGUAUUGAUUAUAUUCUUUAGGUUGUGUAUUGAAUUGGUGAGGAGCAUUGCAAAGUUAAUUAACUUGAUUAUUAAUUGCAAGAGGUACAGAAGUAUGUUCUCUUAACUCUUUUAUUAAUAUCAUACAAAUGUUAGAGGAGUUUGAAUAUCUUAAAUAUUCAUUCGUAGAGAAGUAGGUUCUGAGAUUAAACUUGUGUGUUGCAGUGAUAACGGAAGGUUGAAAACUU